AUGACUUUCAAGAAGUCUUUCGGUGUCGUGGCCGCACUGGUCGUGACGGUCCUUGCUGCUUCAAGAACCAGCCCUCCUAGUGGAAGCAUCACAGUGUGCUCCUCCGGCUGCAAUUACAACACUAUCCAAAAGGCAGUCAGCUCCAUAUCCACGUCUUCAAAAGAUGAGCACAGCAUUUUCAUCUACUCCGGAACUUACACCGAGCAAGUUACAGUUCCAGUGCUAAGUGGAAAACUCAACAUAUAUGGAUACACCACGGAUACCACCGAUUAUUCGGGCAACGUCGUCAACCUGGAAUGGAAGUCGGCUCUGGCCACGGGGGCCGCCGAUGAUGAACACACCGCCGCACUGAUUAACACAUCACCGAAUGUGGCCGUGUAUAACAUCAACAUCAAGAACACUUAUGGCAAACCUACCGGAAGCAAUGGCCAGGCCAUUGCACUGUCUGCUUAUAACACUGAGCAGGGAUAUUACGGUGUCGGCUUGUAUGGAUACCAAGACACGCUCCUCGCCCAGACUGGCAACCAAAUCUACGCCAAUUGUUACAUCGAGGGCGCUGUGGACUACAUCUUUGGGCAGCACGCCCGUGCCUGGAUUACCAACUCUAAGAUCGCCUCCAUCGGCGCCGGAGCCAUCACCGCCAGCGGGCGGGCGUCUUCAUCCGACACGUCCUACUACGUGAUAACGGACAGCACGAUUGAGGCGGGCUCGACUGCUCCGGCGGCAGGCACGGUCUAUCUGGGCAGGCCGUGGGGUGCAUAUGCCAGGGUUGCGUUCCAGCGGUGCUCGCUCAGCAACAUUAUUAACUCUGCUGGGUGGGAGGUCUGGAGCACCAGCGACACCAGGACACAGGAUGUCUCCUUCGAAGAGUAUAGCAACACCGGUGAUGGGGCCAAGGGCACACGGGCUAGCUUCUCGACCAAGCUGAGCAGUGCCAUCACCAUCGCCACGAUCUUGGGCAGCGACUAUGCUGAAUGGGUUGACUCCGCUUACCUGUAA